AUGGAAGCGUCGUCGACGACCACCACCACUACAACCACCGCCAAUGGAUCUGAAAAACCGCGGAGGCAAAACGCCGCCGAUUAUUUGCAAAUCGAUCCGUCGAGCACAUUUAUAAAUAAUACCGCGCGAAAUGGCGGAUUCGAGGAGUUGCCGGAGAACUUCCUCGACACGAUCAGUCCGCAUCCGACGACGCCGCAUUCGGCGGGCAGCGCGGCGACACACGUCGACUCGCCGACAACGACGACCGCCGGCGGCAUUUUGUCGGCGUCGCCGCGAGCGUCGACGAUAAACGUCUCAUCGUCGUCGGCGCCAAUUUUGGCGGCGCUUGCGCCAAUGAGCAUCGCGCCAAACGAUUCGACAAGCUUCUCGAACAGCCCCGCUGGUUUAUUGUCACCGCUUCAUCUUGAUCAGAGGCCGAGGACGUCGGUGGAUUUUUCGACGACUGGAUAUAUUAAGGAAGAAGUCGAUUUGGAUGGUGCCGGCCAUUUGCUGAUCCAGCAGCAGGAGCUCGAGCGGAUGUCGCAGGCCGACACACCGCCGACGGUUAGCAACGUCGAGCUCGCCAGCACGAUGAUCGCCUCGUUGAUCGGCGGCGAUCCGCAUGCCGUCGAGUUUCAAGAUGACGUUGAAGAUGAUCCCACCACUAUCAGUUAUGCACAAAAAAUCAUUUAUAGUAAAAACUUGGGCGCUGGUCAGCCGUCAUCGUCGUCGUCGUCAACGCCUCCGAUCCAAUCGGCUCCGGCUCCACCGGCACCAACUGCGGCACCGCCACCGCCGGCGCCGCAGCGUCGAAUAUAUUCGACGCAGGACCGCAAUGAUCCUUUGAAUGCCGAAAUCGACGAUGAUAUUUAUAUUGAUACGAAGGAUUUGUGUAAGCGGAUCGCGUUCGAGCUCAAACAGCACUCGAUUCCGCAGGCGAUUUUCGCCGAGAGAAUUUUGUGUCGGAGUCAGGGAACGUUGUCCGAUCUUCUACGAAAUCCGAAGCCGUGGAAUAAAUUGAAAUCGGGACGCGAGACGUUUCGACGAAUGUACAAUUGGGUGCGGCAGCCGUUGGAGACGAGAUUGGCGAUUCUCGACAUGAAAACUGAAACUGACGAAUUGAGCCGAGUUUCGGGAAUGUCGCCGCCGACGCCAGCGCAGAAUGUUCGACAGCAACGAAAAUCGUCGGCGGAUCCGGAUGCGCCGUCGUCGAAACGGCCACGUCUCGUUUUUACUGAUAUACAAAAGCGGACACUUCAGGCGAUCUUCAAAGAAACUCAACGGCCCUCGCGCGAGAUGCAGCAGACGAUUGCCGAACAUUUGCGGCUCGAUUUGUCGACGGUCGCCAACUUUUUUAUGAACGCGCGUCGACGAUCGCGCAUCGGUCCGAACAGCGACGAGCCGCAACCGUAUCAGCAGAUUCGGCCGAUCACGCCGCCGCCUCCGCCGUCGUCGUCGGUGGAACAGCGAGCGUCGACGAGUCGAAUGAACGGCACGCCGGAGCACGACGAUGAUGGGAUGCCGAGUCAGAUUGUCGAUGAUGAGCAUGAGCAGGAUCUCAACUCACUAAUGUACAAAGACGUAAGCGGCAGCUCGUUGACUGUCGAACGGGAGAUCGAAUACGGCGAGCCGCCGAAUCACGAUGACGACGAUGAUGAGGAAGAGGAAGACGAUGGAGAAGCUGAAGGCGAAGAAGGUCCGUCGAAGUUUGAAAGGGAGAUCAAGCGCGAAGAGGAUGCGAAGAGUCUCGUUGUGAAAGAGGAGACGCCUGACGACGGCGAGUAUGAGAGACAACAGCAGCAGCAGCAGACGCAGAAGGCUAGCAUUUCGAAUCUCGAUUCUUGGCCCAUUGCAAAAAAAGCGAAACGAAUUCCAAAAUUCCCAAUGAGCGACGUGGCGCCGAAACUGAGUAAGAACGAGCAAAAGAGGCAGGCCAAGCUUCUUCAAAAAGAGAAGGAGCGGCAGGAGAAGGAGGCCGCGAAAGCUGCCGAAAAUGCCGCCGCCGCUGGUGGUGGUGCUUCAAAGAAGAUCGUCAAAGAAGCUGAUCCAUCCGAUCCUCAGGAAUACUUCAACAUGAGGGUUCGAAUGAUUGAAUCGCGCCGAGAAGCCGGGGAUAAUCCAUUCCCUCAUAAAUUCAAUGUGACGAUCUCUUUGACGGACUUCAUCGAAAAAUAUUCGCAUUUGAAGAAUGAAGAGGUUUCCAACGACGUCGUUUCCGUCGCCGGAAGAAUUUACUCGAAGAGAGAAUCUGGAAGCAAACUUGUCUUCUAUGAUAUUCAUGGCGAGGGAACCCGCGUUCAAAUUAUGGCGAAUGCCCGAUUCCAUACCGGAUCUGUUGAGUUCGUCGAAAUGCACGAUCGCAUCAAGCGCGGCGACAUCGUCGGAUUCACCGGUCAGCCAACGCGCUCCAAAACCGGAGAAUUGUCGCUGCUGCCGAAGGAGGUCGUCCAGCUCACCCCAUGUCUCCACAUGCUUCCGCAUUCUCACUACGGAAUCAAGGACAAGGAGCUGAGAUUCCGCAAACGCUACCUCGACUUGAUUCUGAAUCCAUCGGUGAAGAACAACUUUGUGAUCCGCAGCAAGAUCAUCACCUUCUUGCGCCGCUAUUUGGACAACUUGGGAUUCCUUGAAGUCGAGACGCCGAUCAUGAACCAGAUUGCUGGUGGCGCCACCGCCAAGCCGUUCAUCACCCACCAUAACGAUCUUGACAUGGACUUGUUCCUGAGAAUCGCGCCGGAGCUUUAUCAUAAGAUGCUCGUUGUUGGUGGAAUCGAUCGCGUCUACGAGGUCGGGCGACUUUUCCGAAACGAGGGAAUCGAUUUGACGCACAAUCCCGAGUUUACCACGUGCGAGUUCUACAUGGCGUAUGCUGAUUAUGAGGACAUCAUGCAAAUCACCGAGGAUUUGCUUAGCAGCAUGGUUAUGUCGAUCAAGGGAAGUUAUAAGAUCCCGUACCAUCCAAACGGGCCCGAUACGGAGCCGUGCUAUGAGGUCGACUUCACGCCGCCAUUCAAAAGGGUCCAUAUGUAUGAUGGACUUGCCGAGGUGCUCGGAGUCAAACUUCCGGAGCCGUCAACUCUUCACACUGAAGAAGCUCGCCUUGCUUUUGACAAAAUCUGCCGCGAGAAGAAUGUGGAGUGCCCGGAGCCGAGAACGACUGCUCGCCUGCUCGACAAACUCGUCGGCGAGUUUUUGGAGAGCACAUUCAUCUCGCCGACGUUCCUCAUCGGCCAUCCGCAAAUCAUGAGCCCGCUGGCGAAAUGGCAUCGAAGUAUUCCGGGAUUGACGGAGCGAUUCGAGUUGUUCGCGGUGACCCGCGAGAUUGCCAAUGCUUAUACCGAGUUGAAUGAUCCGAUCACUCAACGACAAAGAUUCGAGCAGCAGGCCAAGGACAAAGAUGCGGGAGACGACGAAGCGCAAAUGAUUGACGAGACAUUCUGUAACGCUCUUGAAUAUGGAUUGCCGCCGACUGGAGGAUGGGGAAUGGGAAUUGAUCGAUUGACGAUGAUCCUCACCGACAACAAUAAUAUUAAGGAGGUUCUUCUUUUCCCGGCCAUGCGACCAGAGGAAGGAAUUGAGAAGAAGGCCGAUCAGGCUGCUGAUGCUCCAUCGUCGACCGCCUAA